AUGGGUGUUUUGUGGCUGUGCUGCGUUUUCCUGACUGUUUGCGGAUCUGGGCUUGGAGGCUCCGACAAAUGUGACGAGGUCCGGAAAGUUUUUCAGGUCCGGCACAUUGGACCGAGUCAGGUACUGCCUCCAGGACCCAGACCAGGCUCCGACCUUCAGGUGUGCACAUCCAAAAACCUGACGUGCUGCACCAAAAAGAUGGAGGAGAGGUACCAGGUGGCGGCCCGCAGGGACAUCCAAAAUCUGCUGCAGAUGUACAGCAACGACCUGAAGACGCUGCUGUCACGCAACGUGGCUUCUUUUCAAGAGACGUUUGAGGUUCUGAUGAGGCAGGGGGAGAACUACACCAAUGCCUUCCUCCAGGCGUCCUAUCAGAAAAUGGCCGAUCAGGCUGCGGGACCGGUGGGGGAACUCUUCACUGACAUUGGGCUCUUCCUGCUGGGCUCGGAGCUGGACGUGGACGGGUUUGUGCAGCGUUUCUUUGACGGCCUCUUCCCGCUCGUCUACGGUCACAUCACAAACCCCGGAGUCGGCCACUUAUCGCCGGUGUACGCAGAGUGCGUGAGGUCGAUAAACCGCAACAUUAGACCGUUCGGUGCCGUGCCGGACCUCCUUGCUGAUCAGAUUACUCGCUCCGGGGUGUCUGGGAGGCUUCUGCUUCAAGCGCUGCACCUCAGCAUCGAGGUCAUCAAUACCACAGACCACUUACAGCUGAGCCGCGAGUGCAGGCGGGCCCUGCUCAAGAUGCACUACUGUCCUCACUGCCAGGGCUUGACCGAGUCCAAGCCCUGCAUGGGUUACUGCCUGAACGUGAUGCGGGGGUGCCUGGCCAGCAUGGCGGAGAUCGACGCCCACUGGAGGGAGUUUGUUCGCUCACUGGAGGGCCUGUCAGCCAAGAUGUAUGGAGCUCAGGACUUGGAGCCGGUGCUUCUGGGAGUUCACGCGGUGCUUCGUGAUGCUAUCGGACACGCUGAGAAAAACAGAGCUCGCCUUUCAACACAGGUUCACAGGAAGUGUGGUCCUCCGAGCUGGAAGCCUGCUCAGUCCGUGAGCGUCCUGGAGAGCAGCAGCACCGUUUCCAUCCCACCCAGAGCUGCUAACAGAACACCGGGAGUCUCACUUACUGUCAAGAGAAGGGAGUUUCUGAGCAGCCUGCGCUCCUAUCUCACGUUCUACAUUGGCCUGCCAGAUCAGUUGUGCGUGCGUGAGCUUGCAUCUGGUGACACCCCCUGCUGGAAUGGGACGGAGCUCGUGAAAAGCUACACUCUGCGUGUUGUUCGUAAUGGGAUCAGAGCUCAAAGUGCCAACCCUGAAGUCAAGGUGAAGGGAGAAGACCCUCUAAUAAACCAAGUCAUUGACAAACUCAAACACGUCAGUCAGAAGAAGCUUCACAUGUCUGUUGCUCUGGUUUCCCAAGUGGCGGGCUGA